CCCACCUCAUCAACUACAACUACACCACUUUAAUGUAGUAUGUAGUGGAAUGAAAUAAUAUAUAAUAGCAGUGAUAAUUAUAUGAUAUAGUAUUUUGAAAUAUAUAUUACGUUUAGUGCUGCUGGCACUAUUAUUAUUGUUGUUAUAUAAAUAAUGAAUGCAGCAUAUAUUGGGUACAGUGUGUACAGUGUGUUGUGUUGCUCCCCUCCUGCGAUGAACACUUGUAGGUACAACCUCCUCUGAGCAUGCGCAGAACGACCGUCCGCCGCCUGUAUGUGCUCGCAGACAUCAUCAUCACAGGUUGAGCUGCACAUCCUCCUCUUCUUCCACAAGGAGGGACCUUCUUCAGCAAAUCCGUGCUCCUCUUUCUGUCCCCGCCGCCGCCGCCGCUGCUGCCGCCGCGGUGUGAGAACAACCAGCACGGAGGGAGCGGAAGCCAUAAGAUGAAGAAACGCUAUGUGGACGCGAGCAGGCUACGGAAAAUGAAAAAGCUGAAAAUAACGGAGAAGCUGUCUGAGAGUGCGUACACCUUCCUGAAGUUUAUGAUGAUGUGGACGCUGGUGCUGCUGGCAGAUUUCAUCCUCGAAUUCAGACUGGAGUACUUGUGGCCAUGCUGGCUCUUCUUCGGGAGUGUGUACACCACUUUCCACUGCCACGGGCUGGUUAUUUGUGUUGUUUUUGUUUGUGCUGCCUUCACUCUGGACAUCUUUUGUUUAAUUUUUGUUCCUUUGCACUGGCUGUUCUUUGUGGCCAGCACCUAUGUGUUGUUCAAUUACAUAUGGCACACAGAGAAAGGCAUCUGCAUAUCAACGGUGUCCCUGUGGAUCCUGCUUGUGUACACAGAGGCUUCACUUCGACUCAAGGACCUUAAAACCUCUCAUGCCAACCUGUCUCAUCUUUUUGCUGCACACUGCAUUGGAUAUCCUGUGGUGUAUCUGGGGUUCGAUGCCACCUGCUACUUCACUAACAUUUUCAAGCUGCGCAUACAGAAAGCCGUGCAGAGCGAGAAUGACUUCCACAUGCACCUCCUGCAGCACUCGCUCCCUCCAGGCCUGCAGGUUUACCCCAAGACGGGCACAGAUGGCAGCGGCAGCUCUAAAUGGAAGAUAAAGCCUGAGUCGACUCAGUAUCAAUGUCAGAACGGUGCUGUCAUGGCCCACGAUGAGGUGCACACCAUGGACUGCCUCCAGAUUCGCAGCGAGGAAAGAGCGACAGAGAAAGGAGCACAGGAAGUGAGGUCAGUUGAAUCAAACCGGCGGCCGUUAUCAUCCAAAACUGGUGAGUCCAGAGAUCUGCUCCACUCUGGGGCAGGAGGACCAGAAUCCUCCACACCCCCAGAAAAUCUACCUCAAGAUGAGCAAGGGAGCAAAGCCACACGGGCGGCUAAAAGCUCCUCACCAAAAGCCCGCAGAGGCAGCACGAACACUCCUUCGCCACCUGCGGGGAGGACUGAGAAGAAGCAGAGAUCCAGCUCAAAGACAGUCAGCCCCAACCGGGAUGUAACGGAGAAGAGCGCCACAGCAGCUCAGAACCACCACACUGAACAGAUGACCAGGCUGGAGCAGGAGCUGAGGAGGCUGAAGGGUGAGCUGCAGGUGAGCAGGCAGAGUGAGCAGGAGCUGCGAAGUCACAUCUGCAACCUGACUAACAGCGAGAGGAGCCUGAGACCAGAGGUUUCCCUGCUCAGACAGUCCAACAUGCUGCUUCAGAGCAAGAUUCUGUGUCUGACUAAAACCAAGCAGAGGGACAAGCAGAGCAGUGCGAUGCUGGAGAAGAAGACCAGAGCAGAGACGGAGGCCAGACUCUCUUUUGAGAAACAGUUGGCUGAGCUUCAGGCUCAGAAACUGGAGGAAGCAGCCAGCACAGCACGGAGUCUAACAAACAGGCAGGAACACUGUGAAACCCAAAUGUUAAGGAAAAGAGUUAAAGAUCUAGAGACAGAGUACAAACAACUACAGCUGGAGUGUCAAGUCAAACAGAGUCGUGUGGUAGAGCUAGAGAGUGAUGUUGAGGCUUUGGGGAAGUACCGCUGUGUGGAGAAAGAGACGGACAUGCUGCUGUCCACUCUGUCAGCCAUGCAGGAGAAGGCUCAACAUCUGGAGUACAACCUGAGCGCAGAGACUCGCAUCAAACUGGACCUGUUCUCAGCUCUGGGAGACGCCCGCCGACAGCUGGAAAUCGCUCAAGAUAAAGUGAUGAAGCAGGAUCGGGAGAUAAAGGAGAUGAAGCAGAAGAUCGCAGAGGUCAUGGCCGUCAGUCCCGGCGUAUCUUACAUGGCUCCUCGGCCUCCGGUGCCGCAGUAUCUCACCAAGUUAAUCAACUCUGAGCGCUACAUGCUGAAUCCACGAGCACUGAUGUACCAGUGUCUGAAGAAAUAACAGUCUGUCAUCGCCUUUUCGUGAUCCUCAGACCCCUCCAUCUUUAAACAUCAGGGGAAGAAGAGGCUAAUGGAUUUUAUCACAGAGCUAAAUGACACCACAAAGUCAUCUACUUCCAGCCAUGAGUGGAACCAGAACGAGCCUCCAAUAGUUGAAUGCCUUUUGCUGCACUGAUGGUGCUAACUUUACAUUAUCAUCUGUUUUACCUGUUUCCUCUCACAUCGAGGGUCGAAGAGUUUCACUCCAAAAUGAUAUGCAGAGCUGCUGGAGGCACAAGUUUUUAUGUAAAGAUACCCUCGUCCUGACAGCAUCAGAGAAAAGCACAACAUGUCUUUAAAAUCAGACCCUGUAGAUCUGUCUAAGCAAAUGAUUUCUGGAUAUGUAAGUUUAAAAUGUACAAGGAGGUAAAUCAUGCCACCCUGCAAACCUAUUAUCUUACUGAGGGCAGCUUUAAAAGGUUGAUUAACUAGGGACAGUAUAUUUCCUGGUGUUACGGUAAAACUACACACUCAAAAUGUCGUUAUGAAAAAUAUUCAAGAUUUUAGGGACUAUAAUAACUUUCCUUUUAAUUAUACAGAAUGAUCUUGAUCUGCAGGGACGUUGACUAAUGAAUUCAAAAUAACAUUUUUUAAAUCUUGUUUGUUCUUAGUUUAUCUUAGAACAAAUUAAUCUAAUAAACCUUCUUCACAGCAGACAUUUUGACUUGUCAUAAGAAAGCACAGAUGUUAAUGAUAAGUUUAACAAAGGCUCUGUUCUAUUUAAAUGUCCGACUAAGCCAUGACAGCGAGCCAGCAUUAACAGUACCAUGGACGCUAAAACUGAAGCAGCUAAAUGGAAUUCAGCCAUCAUUCAUUUCUGUUUGACACGUCAAAAGCCCCGUUUCCACUGAGCAGUACGGUGCAGUUUAGUUCGGUACUGUUUCCACUGCAGAAAGUUGUGGAUGGUACCAAUGGAACCGUUUCGUACCGUCCCCAUUUUCGUCCCCCCUCUGUUGGGGUACCUAGCACACAGAUCUGGUCUCAAAAAGUGGAGCUGUGAACACUGCAGUCUGUUGAUUGGUAAAUAGCGGACAGUCACUCUGCUCAUGGCUGUGUUGAUAUUAUAAUCCUCACUCAGAGAAGAAAAAAGCAUCGUGGAGCGUAGUUCCUGUGGGCUACAGCAACACUAAACCCCUGAGCUUGCCUGAGAAGGACUGAAUGCACAAACCUGCUAUUUUUAAAUAUCCCAUGGAGAGAGACUCUCACUGCACCCUGUUCUAUUUUGUUCUGAAAAUAACGGUGUGCAGCCUCGUUCUGUGGACGAUAAACAAGGUGCAGACGCUCCAUCUAUGAGGAAACACAGUGAGUGUUGGACGGAGCAGUGAGUGACAACAACCCCACCCACAUUUAAGAGUACUGUUUGUGGUGGAAACGCUAGGGUCUGGGUACCAUGUCUGAAGGGUUACUUUUGGUUCCAAAGGUACCAUACUGAAAGUGUUUGGUAGAAAGGGGGCUGAACUGUCUCUUGUGAAAAAGGCCUGUAAAAAUCUGAUGAUGUCAUGCUGCAGUGGAUUUAGUAAAAAGUUUUCCUUUGGACUGAAUACUACUCACUGAAGUCUAAAUAUGAAUAUACGUGAUAAUAUUGAAUUAUCCCCAAAGCAUAGUUAGUUGUGUUUAUGGACUACUUUUAAAUUUAAGGAUAAAAUAAACCUUUAUUCAAUGAAACACAAAUAUUAGGUCCAAACAAUAUUCUAUUUGCAAUUUUCUCAAAGCAUAAAUAUAAUUUAUUAAUUAACUUUAACAUAUGCUGAGUUUUAAGGAAAGUAUGUCUGUGACUGUAAAUAGUGGAUUAAGAUUAUUUGAAUUGUGCUGAAAUUCAGAAGAUGAAAGUCAUCAAAAUCAGACUUUUAAAAUCUAAGAUGUGUUUUGGAAUGAGACCCUUCAGAGUUGUGGACAUUUUGAUGUCACAGGUGUCAUAUUUGUGCAAAGCUUCCCAGCUGCAAUAUGGAAGUUUCUUGAGAACAGUUUGCAGCGAUGAAGAUAAAGUUGAGGAGAAGAUUAUCUCUUUCAACUGACAGCUAACAGCUACAUUUGGCAGCUCUCGGCUCAAGAAGGGCAAACCUCUGGAAAAGAGAUACAGUGUGAAGAAGUGGACUGAGUGUUUCCACUUCGUUUGCCAGAAUCAGACUUCGUCCACGAGUCAAAGUGGAGUUGUGAAUAACAAGGAAUGGUGUUGACCAAACAUGGUUCAUGAAUUUAAUUACUGUGCCUAUAUACAUUACUUUCAAACUGGGAAGUAAAAAAACAAAUUUAAUGUGAAAGAGUAAUGUGUUUGAAUUGAAGUGCUAUGUACUGUUUUUGUAGUUUUUUGUUUGUUUUCUUUCUUUCUUUCUUUCUUUCUUUCUUUCUUUUUUAAUUCACUGUACAGAAUUGAAAAUAUCCACACAGCUGAAAAACACUCAUGAACUGGAUGUCACCAUUUUGGUAGCUUUUUAUUUAGAGUGUGUUUCUAGAGUGUUUUAUAUCAAAAAUAUUUUUUAGUCUUGCUGUACUUUUAUUAUACUGCUGUAAUUUUGUACGGCACUGUGUUUGUCAGCAUGAAAUGUGUUUUAUUCAACAGUUAUUUGAGCACACAUUGUGACUUUAAGUAUGUACAUGAAUAUACUUGUACAAGGGCUACAGUUUCUUAAAAUUUUGAACAAAUAACUCCAACAGUGAUGCUCUGAGGGUACA